GGCAUCCGUCGCUGAUUUUCUCUCACUGAGUCCGGGGUUGGACAGAGAUUCGCUGAUGAACGCAGGUUCCCCGAGGUACCAGAUGUGCAGCGUGUUGGAUGGACUCCAGGAGCUGGUGCAUAUAAUCCCCCAGCAUGCAGCGAGCGAACCCCGCGCGCGCGUCCGGAGCCAGGUUUGUUGUUGCCAUGAGGACGGCGAAGCAACAGGAGAAGUGAGACGCAGCAACACGCUUCCUCCGGAGGCUGAGUGUCUGAGAAUGGGAGGAUGAAGCUCUCUUGUGAUGAUGAUGUGUCUCUCUGUUUCUCACGAAUCGCAGGUUUUAUCUGGAUGUAUUUUUGAGGCGGACCGUUGACUUUGCUCUUUGUUGGUAUUACACAGUUUACCCAGCGUCAAUUUCACAGGGGGGAAAGAAAACCCCAAAAAACACAAAACACUUGCAUGUGCACUCCUGAGUUUUUCUAUUUACUGCACAAUUGUUGAAAAUGGAGGCAUUGGGAUGACGAGCCCUCCGGACUGAGGAGACGCAUGAGCGCUCCCAGAGGAGUUCAGGAGGAGUCAGCCUCCAUCAUUCUGAGCUCCGGGGAGCUUCUGUCAUCACAGCAGUCAGGCGACACAGUGUUCCCAUGACUGUGUCGAGACAAAAUUACCUCUAUUAAAUAUGAUCUCUAAUGCGACAAGAUGUGAUUUCAGCCUGAAUCACUCGAGCGCGUCGGGGUGCUAAUUUACCUCUUUUUUUUUGUUGUUAUUGUUAAUAAUGAGCGCGCACAACUUGAUAUCAUGUGAUAACAGCACGUCUUCAUAAGAGAUACAAAAGCUCAAUACUCGGUAUCCACCAAAGUAUUAUGUCACCCUCUGUGGUAGCCACCUGUCUGGACACUUUCUAGAAUAAUUAAUUCCCAUAUAACCACCCACUCAGCCUCUUUAUUCUGCUCCAGUUUUACUGUGUAAACACUUAUUACUUAUACAAUAAUAACUAAUUCUGCUACUGUAACUCAUUAUAGGUAUUUUACUUUUUACUUUACUGUCUUCACAUUACUAUGUGAUUAAAGACCAUUUGACAUGGACAUUACAGGAGCACUGGUGCUGUAAACGUACACCUGUCCACCUGAGGCUUUUUAAAAAAUUGAGCUACAAAGAAAAGAAAAGGAAGGACUGGUUAAAAGUACAGGACAAUUACAAAUGCAAUACAGUUAAAAAUAGAGCUAUAUAUAUGUGCUUUUGUAUUAGCCUUACUUUCAUAUUUGACAUUUGGAGACACCGCUCUUUUUACUCAAAACACUGCAAACAUAUUUGAGAAAUCAUAAAUCAGAAUGCAAGUGAUUUGACUCAGGCUCUCAGAAAUGAGAAUGAGGUUAAGAACGAUUCAGAAUAAAGACCUGUGAACGCUAGGAUUUGUACAAAAUCAUGUGAGAAGGUACGACAGCAUAUUAGCAAUGGAAGUAUACACUAAAAAAAAAAAACACAUAAGUAAUGAGUGUUGUAGAUGAGUGCACAUAGAGAAUGAUCUUCCUCCAUCCGUCCCUCUCCUCACACGCUCUAUACUGUUGCAUCCCUCAGCACAACAACAUGUGAGGAGAGCUGCUGGAGCUGCGGGUGGCAUCACACUUCACGGUGUCUUUUUAAGGUCUCCCUUGGCAAUUUGAAUAGUGCCUUUCAGCAAGUCACACGUUUUGUUUUUUUUUUUAUCUGAAGAGCUGAUGCCUCAGUCAUUUCUUACAGGCUCACAGUCAGUCAGCUCAUAUUCUUGUUUCCGUCUGUUUAAAUGUUCAGGAGACAUGAUGACUGAAGCUUGAUUUGCAGGAAUUCUUUUUGGAAUUUUGAACUAUUAUUGUUCUUUUUCUGUCCCAGUGUCAUGAAUAAUUUGGACCUAGACUCAUACAGUACAUACAUUUUUCUUUUGCCGCCCCCUUGUGGUGGAUUUAGCAAUGGCUCACAUAAGGUAAAAAGCCUGUGAUGGCGUACCUCACAUGUACAUCUCUGUCAAAUAACAAAACCCCAUUGGCCUUCGCACAGCUGUUACACGACUGUUUUGCUUUUAAUGGGAGUGGAAAUAUAUUUUGCAGUUUCAUUCACCGUGGUUGUUCCGGGUCUGAGCAUCGAGACGGGAGCCUUGUGAUGUAAACUUUACAGUUUUGGCAGUUUCUUGCAGUCAGAUGUUGUUGUGUGGCAUUUGAAAGACAGAGAGCAAGUCAAAUACUUUCUCACAUUUUAGGGCAAUGUACAAACACAUUCAUAUUUGUUGGAUAGAUGCGUCUUCCUCUCUUGAAAUUGAGCUGCAAAGCUCCACGCAUCUAUGCAAAAAAAAAAAACAAAACAAAAAAAAAAACAACAAAGAGAAGAGCAAUAUGAUCUCUGUCUCGCUGUGUCUCAAGAUCACCAAAUAAAAUACAAAUCCUUUUUUAUCCUGAAAACAAAUCCGCCUUAGCUCAGAGUAGUACUGAGCCACCGGAUUUCUUUUGUGCGUUAUUAUCCCAUGAAACAGAUCUUCCAAGUUUUACAAGCUGCGAAACAAAAAAAUGUAAAAAAAAAAAUGGUCUUUUUAAAUCAACCUGCAAUCUGCUUCCACAUUAACUGCAGUGUCUGAAUAAACAAAAUAUUAUAAAUGGCAAGGAAUAUGUGUUACUCUGACAUUCUAAUUUACCCGGAGAGAGAUGGUGUUUACAAUAAUUGAGGACCAACGGAUAAUUGAGCGGGAAGGUCCUUGAUGGCGUGCAGGUUUACACUUUCUCCCCAUCUCUGCUUUCAAACGGCAUUAAUACAACGGAAAACAGAGUGAGCUGACAGCCUGUUUUGUGUUUUUUAUAUGUAUUAAUCCCAGGUGAAACAAAAAUCAUCCACAUGACUGAAGCAGCUGCUGCAAUUUCAUUCGAGCUGGUCCGCACUGUGGAGAUACAGUUUUUGGUGGGUUUACGCUUGACAUUUAAAGGACUUGAGGGCUGAUCUCUAAAGUUGUAUAUAGCAGGGGAGAAAAAAAAUGCUGAUUGAACUUCUAUUUCUGUUGGUCUUACAGAGGUCGGACAUUUAAUUAAUAGCGGUUUUAAAAGAGCAGUUUAGAGGUUUAGUACUUACAUCAGAGCCAACCCACUUUCCUUAUGUGAACUGAUUCACUGCUAACGCCUGAUCUUUAAAGUGUUUUACAUUUGCACUCGGAGCUUUGAAGCAAAUUGUAAUCUAGGUUUUAGUCGAAGUGGCCAGCGAGUGUAAGAUGUUUGGACUUUUAUGGUGCCAACGACGUCAUUUCUUGUGCGUAUUGAAGUUCAUUCUUGACCUUUGGGAAAGGAAUGUGUAACAUAAUGAUUUUGACUCAAAGGUCCACUAAGUGUAUUGCUUCUUAAGUGUGAAUGUAGGAAAGGAGUCAAGAAAUAAAACUUCAUUUCUGUAACAUUUUUAAAACCAAACUUAUAAAAUGCUUCAUUCGGAGAAGAAAAGAGAAAAGAAGUAGAGAGGAUGAUUGACAUCAAUCAGCUACAACGUUAAAAGGACUUAACAGGUGAGGUGAACGAGUGAUUAACAUUGAUCGUCUUGUUACAAUUCAGUGUUCCUCUGUGAAACACUGGGUCCUGGCAUUCAUGUGGAUGUCCUUUGACACUCGCGACCCAUCCAAGUGCACUGGCCUAGGGCAUCAGGUUGUUGGCUGUGGAUCCUUUAAGUCCUGUGGGUCUCGAGAUGUGGCCUCUGUGGAUCGGACUUGUUCCGGCAUGUCCCACAGAUGCUUAAUUCUAUUGGGAUCAGGGGAACAUGGAGAAUAGGUUAACGCCUCAAGCUCUUUGCCACGUGCCUCAGGCCAUUCCUUUGGGAGUUUUGCAUGAAUACCAGGUCCCGAGGCUUCCCAUCUUGAAUUGCAACGAGAUGAUCGACGUUCUCACUUCACCUCUCAGUGGUUUUAAUGUUGCAUCUGCUCAGUGUAUAAAAAUGAGCAGCGUUAAACGCAUCCCGAUAAAUAAAAAAGUAUAAAAAUCAAGAGAACGCCGGAGAAGACAAACUAGCUUUUUAAGAGAGGAUGUGACUUGUCUGAGACUUUACAGGAGCCUCUUCCAGGAUGGAUGACUCAGACGCUACCUUUGUAUCUUGGAUUAAUUGCAGAGCUGUAAACAACAUAAAUAUAAACCGAAACCAUCUACGCUCACAGUUUGACAAUGGCCACCAGAUGUUUAAGGGCAUUGCCGUCCACCAAUGGCUGUGCUGGGGAGCUCUCUACCUGUUGGCAGCGGGGGCGGCAUGCACAUCUGAGGCGCGCCGCUUGUGUCCUCAGCCCUGCCGCUGCAACACCGUGCUGCUGGGGGUGAACUGCUCUGACAGCCAGUUUGCUGCGGUGCCCGACGGUCUCCCACCGGACACCAAGCUGCUAAACUUAACUCAUAAUAAGAUCAAGACUCUGGUACAUCAGCAGUUCCAGACUCUGCCCCAACUUUUAGACUUGGAUUUGAGCGAUAAUAUUAUGGUGAUAAUCGAGGCGGAAGCCUUUCUCGGCUUGCCAAGUCUGACAACUCUGCGUCUUGCUCGUAACCACCUGAAGAUCAUUCCCGUGGGAGCCUUUGCUGGUUUGCUGAAACUGAAGUUACUGGACAUAAGCAGCAAUGAGAUCCUUGUUUUUCUAGACUUCACCUUCCGUGACUUGGCUAGCCUGCAGAUAAUCAAAGCAGCAGGCAACAACAUAGUUUUCAUCUCGCAUCAAGCAUUCGCUGGCCUCAGCGGUCUGCAAGAGCUGCACUUCGACGGCUGCAACCUCACAGCUGUCCCGACGGAGGCGCUCACACAGCUCAGCGCGCUGAAGAGUCUUCAUUUUCACCGACUUGGCCUCACCACACUGCCAAAUUACUCUUUCCGUCAUUUAGAGCGUCUCAAGGAGCUUGUCAUUUCUAAUUCCCCGUGGCUGGAGACCCUAUCAGGAAACAGCCUCUUUGGCCUCAAUCUCACCUCCCUCACCAUCAGACACUCGAAACUCAGCGCUGUCCCGUACAUUCCGUUGCAUCAUCUCGUGUAUCUGGUACACCUCGACCUUUCUUUUAAUCCAAUCACCUGCAUUCAUGGUUACCUGCUCGGAGACUUGCUCCGGCUUCAAGAGCUUCGUCUGGUGGGGGGAUCAUUGCUACGCAUCGAAAUCGGAGCUUUCGGUGGUUUGACGCAAUUUAAAGUACUGAAUGUGUCUAGAAACUUUCUCACCACACUUGAAGUAGGAGCUUUUCACUCAGUUGAAACCCUAAAAGCUCUAGGACUUGAUAACAACCCCCUAGCAUGCGACUGUCGUUUGCUAUGGGUGGUGCGAAGACAAGUAUACCUGGACUUUGGUGGCGCUCCACCGACCUGCACUACCUCGGCCCAGCUGCAGAGCUGGAAUUUUCUUGACUUUACCGAAGCUGACGUCCCGGGCCUGCUCACAUGUCGGCAGCCUCGUAUUCUGAACCGGACACCUCAAGCAGUGAGAGUCGAUCAGGGACACACGGUGGUGUUUUAUUGCAAUGCGGAAGGUGACCCUGUGCCAUCUGUCACCUGGCUAAACCCACAGCUAAAAUCUUUAUCACCCAUGGGUAGAAUACGGACUCUCUCUAAUGGCUCGCUUGAAGUUCGCUAUGCUCAGCCUCAAGACAGUGGUACUUACCUCUGUGUGGCAUCCAAUGCGGCAGGAAAUAACACCCUGCCCGUCAGCCUGCGUGUCCGAGCCUUUCCAUCGUCUUCUAAAAACCCCUUCCUUCUUGAAGGUUGGUUUGCCUUCCCGUCUCCGUCUCCGGGUGUGAAUGGAACUCAGAAACUCUCCUUUGAUGUCAAGACAUUACUGAUGGCAGCAACCAUCGGGUUCCUGUCAUUUUUCAGCUCUGUGAGCGUGUGCUUCAUUUUCAUGUUCCUCUGGAGCAAGAGCAAAGGGCAAAUAAAGCACACAGCCACAAUAGCAUAUGUGCCACGAAGUGCUGUGUCAAGUAGUAAAGGAGGCAACCAGAUGGAGACAAGCAGGUUCACCAUGAAACUGAUAUGAUUCAGAAAGAAUAAAGGCCAUUUUCACGUGGAAUGACUUGGUACACGAACUGCAAAGUGUAAAACUUUUUCGACAGACGUGGUUGAAUCUUAGAGCAACCGAGGCUGACUGUUGAUUCAUUCAUGUAAAUAUGAUCAUGUUAGCUAUAGCCUAUGUUGUGCAAACAUGCAGAAGAUGGGAUAUAAAGUAAAUUAUGCUGAUAUAAGGCCUCACUUACAUGAGUAAGGUUUUAAGUUACAUUGGACAAACAUCUAACCAAGAGACAAACAUUUGUGGAUUUAUUUUAAUGUCUGUCUCCUUCAACUAUAACAAAGGCUAAAUAUAGACCAACUUAAGUAGGCAAUAUUUAAUGAGCAUAAUGCAUGUAAUAUGUUGAGAUGUAAACUAAUCAUGAUGCUUGCUUAGAUGCCCUUGUUGAUGUUUCUAUAUAGAAACAUUAUAGAACUAAAAAAGCAUAUGGGCUUGUCUGGGUGAUUCAUCCUUUGGUUUAUGUUGGUUUUGUUCAUUUGGUGUCUAUAGAGCAGAUUGUAGAGUAUAUAUAAAUAAGUGAAAUAAUUAUUGUGGACAGAUGGUAUCCUUGAGAUUCUGGAGUAUAAUAAUAGAAAUAGCAACCUUAUAUUAAGGUUCAUGUACUCAACACUUGCAUCUAUGUACCAUAAGUUUCAACUUAAUUUGAGGAUAUACCAAAUGUUCUACAACAUUGGCACUGUACGCUUAAAGGAUGUAUGGAAAAUAUGUGUUUGUUUUUUUUCUAAAAGCAGGCUAAAAUAAAAUGAUCAUGCGUUCAAGAAA